CAUAAAUUGCUGCUGCCAACCACCCAGUCACCCAGCAAGCCCUCCUGGCAGCUCUGGUCAUCUGUUUCUUUCCCACCCCCCAAAGUUCUUCACUACUUUUAAUGGAGCCAUAUAUUUUAAAAAACUGGAAUGUACCAAAAUCACACGAAAGACACCAACAACAACUGCAACAAAAGUCUUCUCUAUCAAUACAAGGAAAAGCUUCUCCAGGCUAUUAAAAGAAUCAAGCACGGGGUAGAUGAAUGCAAAGAAGCAGAAAGAGAGGCGUACAUAGACUCAGUUGAAGUAGAGAACAGUUUUGAUGCUCUGGAACGAGAAAUCAGAGCCGAGUUUCAAAACCUUCAUCGCUUCCUGGAGGAGGAAGAGUGUAAGGAUCUGGAGCGGCUGAGAAGGGAGAGACAGAAGCAGCUAAAGCAGCUGAAGGAGAGGGAAAAGAAGAUAGCUGCACAAGGAAAAGACCUGGAGAAUGCAAUCACAGUGCUCAACAGCAAAUUGGCAGAGGAAGACAGUCCCAAGCUGCUCAAAGAAAUUCAAGAUCUCACAAAAAGGUCUCAGGUGAGCUUUGUUCUUCCAGCCGAGGUGGACACGGAGGUUCGCUCCGGCCAGUUUGUCGGUCCCAUCCAGUACAGGAUAUGGAAACACAUGAAAAGCUGUCUCUAUCCAAAUAUUGCGUCUGUGACUUUUGACCCAGAGACAGCCCACCCCAGCUUGUCUCUGUCCCCGUCCUGCACUUCAGUUUGGUUCGAUGAGAACAAGGACAUCUCAGAAAUCCAGCCCAAUCCGCGACGGUUCCAUUAUUACUACUGUGUGCUGGGUCGUCCGGGCUUCACCACUGGUCGCCAUUACUGGGAAGUGGAAGUGGGCAGGAAGACGGCGUGGAGGCUGGGAGUGGCGAGAGAAGACGUUCCCAGAGGUGAGAUGGCCGCCAGCGGCCCCUGUAAUGGGCUCUGGACGCUGGCCCUGAAGGGAGAAUCGGUCCUGGCCUGCACAGACCCAAACCCUGUAAAAGUCAACGUGUCCCUCCGCCUCGUUCGUAUUGGAGUCUUCUUAGACUGUGAGAAAGAGGAGGUGACUUUCUAUAACGCUGUCAGCAUGGCGCCCAUUUACACCUUCUCCAUGGGAACCGUCACGGUUCCUUUGUUUCCCUUCUAUAACCCGUGUGACACAGAUGAUGGAAGGAACACAGCACCGCUCAAGAUGUUUCAUCCCUUCAUCUAGGAGCCUUUCUAGCUGUUUAAAAGAUGUGUCCUUUACAUUCAAAACAAUAAAAUACUUGUAUCUGGAACAAAAUUCAAAAGAUUUCAAUAAACCACUGUUGCUAAAAUGAAAAA